AUGAUCGUGCUCACUCACGGCGAGUCAACCGGGGCAGGCGAGCCGACGGAUCACCUGAUGGUGAGUGAUUACCGCCGCGCAUGGACACCUGCAACACCAGAGGAGCUACUUCAGAAAGCACUAAGACGUCGAGGUCGGCUGCAUCUGUGGUCUUCAGCACCCACCAAGCUGUAUAAAUCCUGCAUGUUCGAUGCCCCAACACCUAGGCCCCCACAAAUUCACGAUCCGCGUCUACGCACGAAAGCUAUUCUAAACGCAUAUGCAAUAGCCGAUGCGUUCUCACUCUUUAAGGAAGAGCCUAGGAACCAGCAAGAUCUGCUCCACACCCAGCCCCCUAUGAAGUAUGUAUCUAACGAGAUGGCUGCGAAAUAUUUUAUUGCGUUGUGCCUGGUUGUGGCUGCAGUCGCUCGACCCAGUGAUAAGUACACGGAUAAAUAUGACAACCUAAAUCUGGACGAGAUCCUGGAAAAUAAGAGACUGUUGCUAGCGUACGUCAACUGCAUACUCGAUAAGGGCAAAUGCAGUCCCGAAGGAAAGGAACUCAAAGAACAUCUUCAAGAAGCCAUAGAAACAGGCUGCGCGAAAUGCACAGAAGCCCAAGAAAAGGGAGCGUAUCGCGCCAUAGAGUUUCUGAUUAAGAAUGAACUAGAUAUUUGGCACCAGCUCACAGACAAGUUCGACCAUGAGGGCAAAUGGCGUAAGAAGUACGAGGAUCGCGCACGGGCCAACGGCAUUGUCAUUCCAGAAUAG